AUGGCUUCUCCACGACUCUUCCGCCCAGCAGCUCGUCUGCUCUCGUCGCGAUUCUCCGCUGCACCUCUCCGCUCUUCUUUCCAGAAAUCCGCCUGUGCCCCCUCGAUCUUACGCGCUCGGGGAUAUGCUUCGGAAGGCGGUACCAAGGAGGUCACUGUUAGAGAUGCACUGAACGAAGCCCUUGCUGAGGAGCUGGAGAGCAACCCCAAGACUUUCAUUAUGGGUGAGGAGGUUGCACAAUACAACGGAGCAUACAAGGUGACCAGAGGUCUCCUUGAUCGUUUCGGUCCCAAGAGAGUUAUCGACACCCCAAUCACAGAGGCUGGCUUCUGCGGUUUGGCCGUUGGUGCUGCUCUUGCUGGCUUGCAUCCCAUCUGCGAGUUCAUGACAUGGAACUUUGCCAUGCAGGCCAUCGAUCAUAUCAUCAACUCCGCCGCCAAGACGCAUUACAUGUCUGGCGGUAUUCAGCCUUGCAACAUCACCUUCCGUGGACCUAACGGAUUCGCCGCCGGUGUCGCCGCCCAGCACUCUCAGGACUUUUCGGCCUGGUAUGGCAGCAUUCCCGGAUUGAAGGUUGUUGCUCCUUGGAGCGCAGAGGAUGCGAAGGGUUUGCUUAAGGCUGCCAUUCGUGAUCCUAACCCCGUCGUGGUUUUAGAGAAUGAGCUUUUGUAUGGUCAAGCCUUCCCCAUGAGCGAGGCCGCUCAGAAGGAUGACUUCGUCCUGCCCAUCGGCAAGGCUAAGAUUGAGCGUCCCGGAAAGGACCUGACAAUCGUCUCUCUUUCCCGGUGCGUUGGACUGUCGCUCAAUGCUGCCGCUGAGCUGAAGCAGAAGUAUGGCGUCGAGGCUGAGGUCAUCAACCUGCGCUCUGUGAAGCCACUUGAUGUUGAGACUAUCAUUCAGUCUCUCAAGAAGACGGGCCGCCUGAUGUGCGUCGAAUCUGGCUUCCCCAUGUUCGGUGUUUCAUCUGAGAUUCUCGCCCUGUCUAUGGAGUACGGCUUUGAUUACCUCACCGCUCCUGCUGUCCGUGUCACUGGCGCUGAGGUGCCCACACCUUACGCUGUUGGCCUCGAACAACUCAGCUUCCCUCAAGAAGAUACCGUCGUUAGCCAGGCCGCCAAGCUUCUGCGACUAUGA